AUGUAUGUGAACGUGGUGUGGAUGAUGGCUGCGAUUCUCUCUUACCCCAUGCUCACCCUGUGUGACCCACUGAACGUCUUGGUGGCCCCGAACCUGCUGCGGGUGGGCACACCUGAGAGAGUGUUUGUGGAGGCUCAGGAUUAUAGUGGAAAUGACCUCAAUGUAAAAAUCACUGUGAAAAACCAUCCACAGAAAACUACAGAACUGACAUCUGUUUCUGUCAUCCUCACUGCUGGUAACAACUACCAGGCUGUUGUAGACAUAACGAUUCCUGACAAUAAUAACUUCUUUAGUGAUAACCCUCUGGAGAAGCAGUAUGUCUACCUGCAGGCUCAGUUUCCCUCUGUCCUGCUGGAAAAAAUGGCCCUGGUCUCCUUCCAAUCUGGGUACAUUUUUGUUCAGACAGACAAGAGCAUCUACACACCUAAAAACUCAAGAAUCUUCUCACUGACUCCUGAUCUGCAGCCCUUUGACCAGACCGGCGGAAUCUAUGUGGAAAUCAUAAAUCCUCAAGGUAUUGUAAUUAGCAGAGAAACACUCUUCCCUAUGCAAGGGAUCAUAACAGCAUUUUACAACAUCCCUGAAUUUGCCAAACCUGGAAUAUGGUCUAUAGUAAUGAGGUAUAAAACAACACCACAGAAGAACUUCACUGCUGAAUUUGAAGUUAAAGACUAUGUGCUACCGAGUUUUGAGGUAACAUUAAAACCAUCGAAGUCUUUCUUUUAUGUGGAUGAUCAGGAACUUCAAGUGGACAUAAUUGUCAAGGGACGUUUAGGAAAACAUGUGGAUGGCGUUGCCUUUGUGGUGUUUGGUGUAAUGAGGGAUGAUGCCAAGACCCUGUUAUCAGCCUCUUUGAAAAGAGAACAAAUAAUUCAUGGGGAGGGACGUGCAGUGCUCACUAGAGAAAUGAUUCAUCAUUCUUUCUCAGAUAUUGCUGACCUGGUUGGAAACUCGAUAUACAUUUCAGUCAGUUAUUUAACAGAGAGCGGUAGUGAAAUGGUGAAAGCAGAGAGGAGAGGCAUUAAAAUUGUGAAAUCACUCUACAAUAUUCAGUUCAAGAGAUCUCCAAAAUUCUUUAAACCUGGGAUGUCAUUCGAUGUCAUGGUUUAUGUGACCAAUCCAGACCAGUCGCCUGCUGAAAAUGUAAAUGUGGUGGUCACGCCUGGUGAUGUGAGGGGUCGAACAAUGAAUAAUGGCAUGGCCAAGGUUACAGUGAACACCCAGGGAGGAGUGAGGACUUUAAUAAUAACUGCAAAAUCUACAGCUCCAGGCAUAUUACCUGAAAGACAAGCUGUGAACCAGAUGACAGCCCAGGCUUACACCACCAAAGGAGGCUCCACCAAUUACUUACAUAUAAGUGUAGAUACUGCAGAACUGACAAUCGGUGAUCAGAUGAAAAUCAAUCUAUACUUUAAAAGUAGUGCCCAAAAUCAAGAUUUUACUUAUCUGAUCAUUAGUAAAGGACAGAUUGUGAGAGGAGAGAGGUUUAAGAGACAUGGGCAGUCAUUGGUGACCUUGUCUCUACCUGUCACUAAGGACCUGCUUCCCUCAUUUCGUGUGGUUGGGUAUUACCACGUAGGAUCCUCUGAGGUUGUGUCAGACUCCAUCUGGGUCCACGUGAAGGACUCAUGUAUGGGAACGCUAAAGUUGGACGUAAGGGAGAGUUUAAAGGUCAAAAAGGUCUUUGAGCCUGGUGAUGAGUUUCAUCUCAUAGUUACUGGAGAUCCAAAAGCCAAGGUUGGACUAGUAGCUGUGGAUAAAGCUGUCUUUGUCCUCAACAAGAACAGACUUACACAGACUAAGAUCUGGGAUAUUAUUGAGAAGCAUGACACUGGCUGUACAGCUGGCAGUGGUAAAGACAGUAUGGGAGUUUUCUAUGAUGCAGGUCUACUGUUUCAGUCUGAUAAAGCAGGAGGCACCACUGAAAGAACAGCUCUUGAGUGUUCUUCCCCACCACAGAGGAAAAAAAGAGGUGAGUCUGUUUUACAAAGCACUGCAACCUUGUGGAACUAUGAAGAUGAUGAUGAUGAAUUCAUAAGUUCUGAUGAAAUUGUCAGCAGAACACAGUUCCCUGAGAGCUGGCUGUGGGUAGACACAGAACUCCCAGGCUGCCGAGGAAACAUACCAUGUGAUACAAUAAGUCUCACCUUGGACAGAGCCUAUCUAAAAGACACUAUUACUACCUGGCAAGUCCUUGCCAUCAGUCUCUCUAAAACCCAUGGUAUCUGUGUAUCUGAUCCCUAUGAAAUACCAGUGGCAAAAGCCUUCUUUGUGGAUCUCAAGCUACCUUCCUCAGCAGUACGCAAUGAACAAGUAGAAAUCAAAGCUAUUUUGCAUAACUUCUCCAAUAGGAAACAGAGGGUGCGUGUGGAAUUCUUUGAGACAGAGCAUGUUUGCAGCGCAGCCAGCAAAAAGAAGAAAUACUGUACCAUAGUUAACAUUGACGCCAAGUCCAGCAGAGCCAUCCCAUAUGUAAUUACUCCCAUAGAACUAGGGAACCAUGAGAUAGAGGUACAGGCUGCGAGUGCAACAUUUCAUGAUGGAGUGAGAAGAACCCUGAAGGUGGUGUCUGAAGGUGUGCUAACUGAACUCACAAAAUUACAUUUGGAAAUAAAUCCAUCCAAAGUACCUGGUGGCGUUCAAGUUGUGCAUUACAAGAGUGACAUACCAAAUGGGCGGGUCCCAAACUCCCCUGCACACACUUACAUCACUGUGACUGUAGUAAGAGAUCAUCAGAAUGUACACUUGGAGAUGGAACUAAGUGGAAUUCGAAGUUACCCCAUCAGAUGGCUUUUCACCAAGAACAAUGCACACCUUGCACACACAGAAAAGGUUCAGCUGGAGCAAGAGAUCAAUGUCACAGCCAAGGGAUCUGGUGCUGGAGUUCUCAAAGUAUAUACACUUUAUUAUGCAAGACCAAUAGAAAAGAAAAGCGAGUGCACAAAGUAUGAUUUGUCUCUUGAAAUGAGAAAGGAACGAGAGGUAUCAUAUCCAAAUGCCGAAGAAAGUUACCAGGUCAUCAUUAAGCUUCUGUUUAAGGAUCCAAACAGAGAUGCCACUAUGACUGUUUUGGAUAUUGCCUUGAUGACAGGCUUUGUGGUGGAUGUAAAUGACCUUACAGAACUAACCACUGGGAGGGACAGAUACAUACAGAAGUUUGAGAUAAAUAAGCAGCUUUCCGAACGAGGCUCACUUAUCAUUUAUCUUGAUAAGGUAUCACACACUGUGCCAGAAAGGAUUGUUUUUAGAGUGCACAAGAUAUUUAAAGUAGCUUUACCUCAACCUGCUGCUGUCAGUGUGUAUGAGUACUACUCUCCAGAAAACCGAUGUGUGAAGUUUUAUGGCACAAACAUGGAGCAGAUAAAUGGCUCGAUAAACAUCAUGUGCUAUAAAGAAGUGUGCACCUGUGCUAUGGCAAACUGCCCUCAACUAAAAGGACCGGCGGUUCCGGAAGAAACGGUUCGCAGUAGAGAAGCCUGCAAUAAAAAGGAAUUCAUUUACAAAGCAAUUCUGAAAACAGUGACGAGAUCAGGCUUGGCUGAUGUUUAUACUUUCACCAUAGUAAGAGUUAUUAAAGAAGGGACUGAUAAGAGUGUGCUAAAUGAAGUAAGAGACUUUUAUACCAAGGUGGGUUGCAGAGACGAACUUGCUUUGAAGGAAGGCAAGGCCUACCUCAUCAUGGCUCAAGAGAUAAACCUGACUGGGCAAAGUCUCCGCUACACAAUUGAUGCAGAUGCCUGGUUGGAGUACUGGCCCACGCAAGAGGAAGCUCAGGAGAACAUGAACAACAACAAGGAGAGAUACAUUGCCCUGAGCGAUCUGGCCUUUAAGAUGGAGCUGCAUGGAUGCACAACUUAAACAUCUUAACAACAUGGAUAUGAACUUCGAAUCACAGCUUUUACAACUGAUUUCCAGCUUCAACCCAAAUCCACAUCUGUAUUUUUAAGUAAUAAUAUUCGCUGUAUCAUAAAAAUAAACUGCAAAACAGUUU